AUGUCGUAUCUUGGUGGUGGUGGGUGGUGUGAGUUCCUGAUGACUGAGGCACCCCAGCGCGGGAAAAAGCGACCCGCAGAAAAUGAUCCUGAUGGUGACCAACCUCUGGCAAAGAAGUUCGGACUGCUGCAAAUAGAACCGUGUUUGUUUGGCACACCUCAGAUAUGUGGCGGGGAUACAUCUCCAACUCAGUCAAAUCCAUUUGAUACGACUGAGCGGAUGAUGUUGGAUGACACUAAGCAUACAAUAUACAUUCAUGACCUUGAUUCUGAGCUAGCAGAUUCUGAGCCUCAGGAGUACUCAAUCACCUUUUUGCCCGAAAUUGGAGCCAAGUUGGGGUCUUUGCAGAAGUUAUUGAAUGUUGAUAAACAACCUCAGAACAACGAAUUGGUCCUCUACAGAGAUCCCAAAUCUCUGACCGUUCCAGAGGAGGAUGAUUAUGUGCGGAGAGCCAUCCUUGAUUCCAGGAGACGAGCGAGAGCAGCUCAGACUCAGCGCAGAUCUGCAGAGAAAGUAGUGAAAGAAGUUAAGUCGAAUCUUGUGUGCAAUGCUGAUGGAGAUGUAAUGGAGAUAGAUCAUACCAUUCAAUAA